AUGCUCCGUACUCCGCUCGGCCGUGCAACGCUGCGCCGCGCGCCGCUGCAGCAGCAUCGACAACUCACGGCGCCGCCCGACGCGGCGGCGCGGCGCGCGGCGCCGCCCGUCAUCUGCUACCAGGUGGAAAACCUGCCGUCCUACGACGCGGCGCUCUACGCAGAGAUGCGCGAGCGCCUGGACGUCGUCGAUUCCGUCGUCGUCCCGCCGCGCGACGGCCGCGCCUUCGAGGUGCCCAAGGGCCACUUCUUCCGCGUCGUAUGCGCCGAAGGCGCGCAGGUCGGCGACCUGAACCUCUGGCGGCGCGGGCACCUCGCGGAGCGCUUCUACAGCGGGAAGACGCGGCAGCUGCACGCGUCGCACGUGACGACGGGCGACCGGUUAUGGAGCUGCAUGCCCUACAUGCGGCCCCUGGCGACGAUCACGCACGACACGCUCGGGUGGUACGGCGUCGACGACGACGGCGCGUCGAUCCACGACGUCAUCGGCACGCGCUGCGACCCCUACACGAACGCCGUGCUCCGCGGCGUCGACUACGACAACUGCUGCCACUCGAACCUCACGCGCGCGCUCGCGGCGCACGAGGGCCUCGCGCCCGAGGAAGCGGAGCUCCACGUGCACGACGUGCUCAACGUCUUCAUGGCCACGGGCUUCGACAAAGACCACCGCUACUUCAUGAAGGCGUCGCCCGCGCGCGCCGGCGACUACAUCGAGUUCUUCGCCGAGGUCGACCUCCUCGGCGCGCUCUCCGCGUGCCCGGGCGGCGACUGCAGCGCGUCCCACUCCGACGACGCGACGGCGUGCUACCCGCUCCGCGUCGACGUGCUCGCGCCGCACGCCGACGACCUCGCGCGCUGGACCGGGAGUCCAGCUGUGAGCUCCUAUGCUGGGGGGCACGGGCUGCGCACGCCGUGA